AUGUCAAUCGGAGGGUGGGAACACGCCAUGCGCAGAGCUGCGGAUGACAGUUUGCAGACUCUCAAAGUCAAUUGGCAUCUUGGCUUCACUUCAUUUGGCGGACCACCUGUUCACUUUAAAAUUUUUCAUGAUAAAUUCGUCAACAAGUUGAAAUGGAUAGACGAGCAAAUAUAUCAAGAGCUCUUCAGCGUUUCGCAAGCUCUCUCAGGUCCUGGAAGCACCAAGAUGUUGUAUUGCAUUAAUCUCAUCCACGGUGGAUUUUUGCAAGCUGUCCUGGCAUUUUUGAUCUGGAGUGUGCCUGGUUGCUUCGGCAUGUUCGGACUCUCAGUUGGUGUGUCCAAUAUUGGCGACACUCUCCCUCGCGCAGUAUACGCUCUUCUCUCCGGUUUGAACGCUGCAACUGUUGGAAUCAUUGCUCUGGCAGCGGUUGAGCUUUCCCACAAAGCCAUCACGGAUCAAACAACUAGACUUAUUCUUUCCCUGACUGCCAUGGCCGGAAUGUUGUACAACGCGCUAUGGUAUUUCCCUGCGCUGAUUGUUGCAGGCGGCUGCGGUGCAAUAAUUUACGACUACAGGUGGCUUCACCGUCCUGCACGAGGUAUUAGGAAUAUCUACCUCCGGGCCAGGAGAGGAAGGGUUGCUGAAACGGAGAAUGUCCAGGGCGCUGAGAAUGGAACUGGCAGCGAUGAUGGUAUAAACCUCCGUGAGCGUGACACAACCGAUGAAAGAGAAUCUGAAACCCGCGUCGUUCCGCAGGAAUAUCGCCUUGGCUUCUCGUGGAAGUCUGGAGCAGCGAUCAUCGUCGCAUUUCUCAUCACUUUCGUCGUCGUCGUUUCCCUUCGAGGCACCCUGCCUCACGCUCCUCUUCUAUACAAGCUUUUUGCCAAUCUCUACCUUGCUGGUACAAUUAUAUUUGGCGGUGGUCCCGUGGUGAUUCCCCUCCUUCGAGAAUACGUGGUGGCCGAAGGAUGGGUCAGCCCUCGCGACUUUUUAAUCGGCCUUGCCAUCGCGCAAGCUUUUCCCGGACCAAACUUUAACUUUGCCGUAUUUCUCGGUGGUCUUGCAGCUGUUCAUGGAGGUUAUCCUGCCAUUGCGGGUGCGUUGAUAGCAUACCUUGGCAUAUUCGUCCCAGGAAUGGUUCUCGUUCACGGCACGAUGGGGAUCUGGGAGGUUCUGAGAAGCAAACCGUGGGUCAAGUCUGCCCUGCGAGGUGUAAAUGCAGGCGCUGUAGGACUCAUAUAUACAGCUGUGUAUAGAAUCUGGCAAGUUGGAUACAUCGAUGAGGGCUUCCAAGCGGGGAAGAGUCUGGCCGAUGAUCCAUGGUGGGUUGUUGUCACAGCGACGUCUUUUGUAGGAGCGCGGUACUUCAAGGUUCCGGUGCCUCUGGCAAUUCUUCUCGGUGCUUGUAUGGGACUUUUGAGGUAUGGGAUUGUGACUGCUUAG